AUGGGGGGUCAGAAGGUGUUUUGGUCCUCCAUAGGGAUCCUGCUGAUCUCCUCGUGUUAUGUCAUGGCGUGUGACGAGAAAGGACUAUGCUUGCUGGAAGCGUUGAAGGAAAUGAAAGAGUGUAAGAAAGCAGUGCUGGCUUCGUUGCUGAAGCCUCUUCUUACUGCCAAGUUGCUUGAUAAGGAUAAGAAGCCAUGUUGUAAGGAGCUGCCACCUCCACCGCCUCCUACAAUAAUGCUGAUGCCGGCCGCUCCACCGCCGUGCGCGCCAGCCCUGCCACCCUGCGCUCCGGCGCUGCCGCCGAUCCUGCUGGCCCCUCCCCCCGCCCCGCCGCUCGUACUCCCGGCUCCCCCUCCGGCACCUUUGUAUCUACCCGCGCCGGCGCCUGCACCUGUCUGCCUGCCUGCACCACCACCUCCCGCGCCCUGUGUAUUGCCAGCACCUCCUCCACCGGCUCCUCUAUGCCUGCCAGCGCCUCCCCCAAUGGUUCUAGCAGCGCCGCCACCUCCGUACAUGCUGCCGGCUCCACCACCAUCACUGAUGCUGCCUCCACCGCCUCCUGCACCAGUGUACCUCCCCGCCCCUCCCCCACCAGCGCAGCUGUGCCUGCCACCUGCAGCUCCCCCGGCUUCAGCUCCCCUGGUUAUAUCUCUGGUGCCACCCCCGCCCCCCGCACCUGUCUGCCCCCCUCCACCGCCGCCGUGCUGCGCUCCACCGCCUCCUCCCGGAUUCCCUAUGACAGCCUACAUGGUGGCUCCCCCGGUACCUAUUACACUGGAGCCUAAGCCAUUAGAGCUGCCUCCUCCACCAUGUCCGUGUUCAUACAAAUAUUAUUAA